UUAAUUUACUCUGUAAUAAUUUUGCCAUUUAUAUGGUAACAUCAUAUUAUUCUGAAGUAGAGUAAAUUUAGUUCAUAGCAUUGGCAGCACCGUGUGUCAAAUUAGCGAGUGACAAUGGCGGCGAAGCAACGCGCUCUGCGGAUUCUGCAGAACUCGCGUUCGAAACAAAUAUUGGCUCUCGUUCCUGAGGUAAACGCUCCAUCAGACGUAAGUGGCGAGUCGGAACCUGAAAAUGAAGAAGCUCUGCUUGCUCAUGUUGCAACUGAAUCAUCUGAUGCCCCGUCAAUUGACUCAUCGUUUGAAAGGCUAAACAUAUUGGAUUCCUCUUUGGAGGAUGACCGGAAUUCCUCUCUAUCACUACUAACUAAUAUAAUCAACACAGCUGAUGAACAAGUUUAUGAUUAUUCACUUCCAUCCAUCAGUUCUUUGCCAAUAAUUUCUCCAUUGUCGAACAUUCCAUCAGUCACACCGUCAUUCAUACUCAAUCAAAUAAGUGGCUCACCUCAACAAUCUCCUCAAAACGUUGCUCCAUCACAGCAGUCUCCACAAGCUAUAGCCUCAUCACCACAUCCAAGACGUACUAGAGCAGCAAAAGCUCUUAUUAGACCAAACAUUGUUCGUAGACCUCGUCGUGUAGUCAACAAGAAAAUAGCAUUACAUUUUCAAUGGACAAAGAGACAUUUCCAACAUCGUGCAGAACUAGAGCCAGAUGUUUUUGUAAGUCCACUACCAGAUGAAAAAUUCCCACUAGAAUAUUUUAGCGACUUUUUGUCUGACGACAUUUUAGAAGAUACUUGUCAAUUUACAAAUAUGCAUGCCGUUCAGACACGUAAGAGGGGAUUUAAGAAUUUAGUUCGAGCAGGAGCUUCCGGAAUAAUUUACGAUUUUUUUCUUUAUGCCGGAAAUGAUACGUUUGAGGAUUGUAAUUUUUCCGAAGAAGAAGAGGGUUUAGGAUGGGGUGCUAAGGCCGUCUUACGACUCUGCAAAACUAUCACAAAAAAACCGUGUGUUGUAUAUUUCGAUAAUUUUUUCUCUUCGCUUGAAUUAAUGUAUCACCUCAGACACGAAUAUGGAAUAUUCAGCCUCGGUACGUUUCGGGCUAACCGUAUAAAAAGUGGAGCCGAAAAAUUGAAAUCUGACAAAUUUCUUAAAAUUCAUGGCAGAGGGGCUUUUAGUCAGGUUGUAUGUAACAAGACAAAACUGUCUUUAGUAAAAUGGAACGAUAACAAGUGUGUUAUCUUAGGUUCAAGCUAUGUCGAUGCUUACCCGACAACAAAAAUAAAGCGAUAUUGUAAAGUUAAAAAACAAAGAGUGGAGGUACUUUACCCGAAUAUUGUGAAACACUAUAAUGCUCAUAUGGGCGGCGUAGACCUGGCGGAUAUGUUAAUAGCUUUAUAUAGAACGGAAAUUAAAAGCAAGAAGUGGUACCUAUCAAUCUUUUCGCAGCUUGUUGAUAUAUGCGUAAAUAACGCGUGGUUGACAUACAGGCGUGAUAACAAAAGAAGAGGAGAAAAAAAGUAUAAGGGCCUGAAGAAAUUUCGGCUGGAAAUUUUUAAGUCUUUGCUAAAGAAAGGAAAAUCAAUGAAAAAUAUCAAUGUGGAAGAUUUACCCACAGCUGAAAAAAUACAAAAGCCAAAACGCUCUAGACCUGCAGAUGAUGUGCGUUAUGACAAAAUUGACCAUUUCCCUCAACAUGGUGCAGAGUAUGGUAGAUGUGCUUAUUGUAAGAAAGGAUUCACGACUGUAAAAUGCCUGAAAUGUGAGCUCAAACUUUGUUUUGUAAAAGAUAGAAAGUAUUUCUUUAACUAUCAUCAUAAGUAGGAAGAGCGUUUUUCAAUUAAAAAUACUCUGCUUAUGAUGAUACCAUUUAAAUGUCUUUGUUUUAGAAUAAAUUUUUUUAACUAUACACAUUUUUUAUUUUACCUAUGAACUGAUUA